UGAAAGAGAAACUAAAAGGAGGAAAAGGGCCGUAUGUUUUUACUUUCCUUUACAGAUCUAAAAAGAUUUAGACCUACAUACUCCAGACAUGGCUUCUGCUGCUGCUAGUAGUCUAAUUGCUGAGGACAAUUUUCUUUGUUCCAUCUGUCUGGAUGUGUUCACUAAACCGGUCUCGAUUCCCUGUGGGCACAACUUCUGUCUUGACUGCAUCACAAACUACUGGGACACUAACGAUACUGUAAUGCAAUGUCCACUGUGUAAUGAGAACUUCUACAGCAGGCCAAUGCUUCGGGUUAACACUUUCAUUGCUGGGAUGGCUGCAAAGGUUAAGAAAUCGAUUGAAGAAAGAUCUUGUGGUCCCCCUGCAAAAGCAGGAAAUGGAAACGUGCUCUGUGAUAUAUGCACAGGGGCAAAGCUCACAGCCCUCAAGUCCUGCUUAGUGUGUUUCUUGUCUUUCUGUGACACACAUCUGGAGCCUCAUCAGAGAAUUCCCGCCAUGAAAAAACACAAGCUAAUCCAACCGGUUGAGAACCUAGAGAGCAGGAUGUGCAAGGCGCACGACGAGCCUUUUGAGCUGUUUUGCAAGGUGGACGAAAUGUUUGUAUGUCAGUCCUGUAAAAACAGUGACCAUAAAACCCAUAAGAUGGUGAGUCUGGAGGAGGAGGCACAAAUGAGAAAGACCCAGCUGGGAAUGGAGAAGAAAAGCAUGGAUCAGAUGAUCCAGGCACGUCAGCAGAAAAUUCAUGAGAUCCAAAACUCAGUGGAGGCUAGCAGGAAUAAUGCAGCAAAGGCGCUGUCAUACAACAUGAGUGUGAUGACUUCUGUGGUGGACUACAUUAAGAGAAGCCAAGCUGAGCUGACCGAGGUAAUUGAGACGAAGCAGAAAAAAAUUGAAACAGAAACAAAAGGCUUCAUUAAAGAACUGGAGGGAGAAAUUUUGCAAAUAAAGCAAAAAAGCUCGCAGCUUAAUCAGGUCUCACUUACCGACGAUGCCUUGUUGUUCCUUGAGAAUGUCCUGUCAAUUACCAUCGCUUCGCCCCAGGUUAAGGACUGGUCUGAUUUGACUCUUACCAAUGAUGAGUUUACUGUGCAAGGAGCCAUGGCCAUGCUGGAGACAACAGUGAGGAGAGAAGUACAGAUGCUUUGUGAUCCCGACUUGAAAGAAAUGAAGCGACAUGCUGUGGAUGUGACACUAGAUCCUGACACAGCAAACCCUCUUCUCAAUAUUUCUUCGGAUGGGAAACGAAUCACGCAUGGAGACAGAAAGAGGAAUCUCCCAAACAAACCAGAGAGGUUUGAACAUGUCCUUAAUGUUCUUGCAAAGGAGGGUUUCUCCUUGGGAAAAUUCUACUAUGAGGUCCAGGUUAAAGACAAGACGAACUGGGAUUUAGGAGUUGCAAACCAGUCCAUCAACAGGAAGGGGGAUAUAAGAUUAAGCCCCAAGAAUGGCUACUGGACUAUAUGGCUGAGAAACGGAAGUGAGUUAACAGCAAAUGCCGGCCCUGCCAUUAAUCUUAAUGUGAGGGAGAUGCCUCAAAAGGUUGGGGUGUUUGUUGAUUACGAGGGGGGUCAAGUUUCCUUCUAUGACGUGGACGCCAGGGCUUGCCUCUUCUCCUUCACUGGAUGUCAUUUCACAGAGAAGCUCUUUCCGUUCUUCAGCCCCUGUGCUAAUGACGGUGACAAAAAUUCAGCCCCCUUGAUCAUCACUCAUGUCAAAUAAACCGGCUGAGCUCCUGUUCUGUUUUCUGGAUUUGUGAAAUAAAAAAAGAGACAGGGCGAGGGACUUGGAGAGAGAUCACACAAUAGCAGAGCGCUGAAAUGUUUUUAUCUGUGGAAAUCCGGUGUGUCAUUUGGUUUCCCCCAUCCAUCAAUGCCAGAACUGUGUGUCGCCUGUCACACAGACAGCUGUAGAUCUCCAACUGAACACACACACACACACACACACACACACACACACACACACACACACACACACACACACACACACACACGGUUACAGAAAGAAAUCUUUACGAGCUUGCCAUUUAUUUCGAUACUUUAAAGCUACUCUUGCCUGCCAACAGACCAAAGAUGGGUGACAUAGCAUUUAAAAAUAUUUUAUAGCACUUGUUUGUGCUUCUUGAAGUGCCUCAUAUCAGAACUGUUUAUUGAUGACACCUUUAGCAGGUUGAAAUAACUAUUACUGUCUUCACAAAAUACUCUUUGACCUACAUGGGAUACAGGACAGCAUGUCCCAAGAUGACCCUCACAACACAACCUGCAAUAGAAAACAAAUCAGCGCCCUGGUGUUAACAGCAUACAGAAACUAUUAAAUUGUUAUCGUUAUUAUUUUUAUUCAGUUCUUCUAAUGUAGCUCUGGAUGAGCUAUUAGAAUGGAUCUGUCACAACACUGGAACCUGACUGGCACAUAAUGCCAUGUUCUCUAAUUAAAAUCAGCCAAACCAGCUUUCCAAGUUAAAAUGCAGCGAAUAUGUCUGGUAAAGAGAGCAACUGUUCUAAUUGAGCAGAGUUGUGUUGUGUGCAUGUUGUUUUUUUGGAUACUGUUCUGCCAACAAGAAUAGCAUCAGAAGUGUCAGCAAGUGAUUAUUUUAACCUUAACCAUCAUCUCUACCUAAACCAAACUAUAGUGUUGCCAAAUCAUAAUUUGACAUGACAAAGCUGUAAAUAAAAGAUAAAGAUGUAAUGAUUUUGAAAGUCACAAACUAUUGAUGUCCUGCUGAUAGAGCAAAGUAUUUGAAUAGAGGAUUUUUAUUAUUUUGAAUAACUCCAGUUUCUUGAGUAAUCGUUUCAGCCCUAUACUGUUACAUUAGCCACAUGUUGCACAGCAUGUUGCAAAAUAACAAAGUAUUGUGUUGUUUGUAUAUGCAGGACUAGUUGUUGUUGUUGUUGUUAUUGUCAUGAUGCUGGUUAUCUGUUAAAUGAGGUUGUUAUAAUCUCAUCUGGACAUACAGUAAAGUCGCUUUACGAGAGCCAGUCAGAUUUUCCCACUGAAUUGUUUUAUCAUUAAGAUGCCAGAGCCGAGGGAUUACACACUGGCCAAAUGAGUGUGUGGACCUGUUGGAGUACUGUAUCUCCAUAAUGUCUGUUAAUAACAAUCAACCGUUUUCCUUUGAUGAUCAUUACUUUUUUUGCAUUAAGUGAGGAAUAUAAAUAACAUUGUCAAAUCAAAGAGGACAAUGCAAUGUGAAAAUCCAGGUGAAAAAAACCCCACCAAAACUGGAAUGGUUUACUGGUUUCAAGUUUUUUUAAAACAUCAGUGACCAUUUAUACACAUGAUGUACUGUAGAAACAAAUGAAUAAUCUGUAAUAAUGCUAAAACAAUUAGUCAAUUAAUUGAUUAGAAAAUGAAUCGCCAAAAUUCUCCAAUGUGAAGAUUUGCUACUGUUUUAUCUUCACUGUAAAUUAAAUUAAAAAUAAAAAUAAAAGAAAAUCAUUUUUUAAGGAUGUCACUUUGAGGUCUGACAGAUUGUGAUGGCCAUUCUCUGUUUUCUGACAUUUCAUUGAUCUUUUAAAUGAUGAGUUGUAAAAAAAAUAAAAAUAAAAAACAUUAUUGAUAAUGGUCUGUAUACUGUACGUAUGUGUGUUGGAUAUACUGAAAA